AUGUAUCUCUUGCUAUUGUUAUUCGUGAACCUCUUUUUAGGCUUAAACGCCCACUUCACUUCGGGACUCGCUGGCGCUGGACUCGCUGGUGCGGGACUCGCUGACGCAGAAGUUGGUAGUGUUGGACUGGAUGGCGCGGGACUUACUGGUGCAGGAGUUGCUGGUAUAGAAGAAGUUGCUGCUGCACAAGCUACCGCUAUACAAGCUGCUGCGAAAGUUGCUGGCGCAGGACUUGCUGAUGCCGGACUCGCUGGCGCGGGACUUAGUGGUGCAGAACUUGCUCGCAUAGGAGUUGCUGGCGCAAGACAAGUUGCUGCUGCACAAGCUGCUGCUAGACAAGCUAGUGCGGGAGUUGCUGGCGUAGGAUUUACUGGUGCCGGACUCGCUAGCGCGGGAUUUGGUGGUGAAGGACUUGCUGGCGCGGGACUUGGUGGUGCAGGAGUUGCUAGUACAGGACAAGUUGCUGCUGCACAAGCUGCUGCUAGACAAGUUAGUGCAGGAGUUGCUGGGGCAGGACUUGCUGGUGCCGGACUUGCUAGCGCAGGACUUGCUGGUACAAGAUUUACUGGUGCUGGACUCGCUGAUGCUGGACUAGCUAGCGCAAGAUUUUCCGGUGUAGGAGGUGCUGGACUCGCAGGCACGAGACUUACUAGUGCAGGAGUUGCUGGUACAGGACAAGUUGCUGCUGCACAAGCUGCUGCUAGACAAGUUAGUGCAGGAGUUGCUGGGGCAGGACUUGCUGGUGCCGGACUUGCUAGCGCAGGACUUGCUGGUACAAGAUUUACUGGUGCUGGACUCGCUGAUGCUGGACUAGCUAGCGCAAGAUUUUCCGGUGUAGGAGGUGCUGGACUCGCAGGCACGAGACUUACUAGUGCAGGAGUUGCUGGUACAGGUCAAGUUGCUGCUGCACAGGCUGCCGCUAAACAAGCUGGUGUCGGACUUGCUGGCGCAAGAGUUGCUGGUGCAGGAGUUGCUGAUGCUGGACUUGUUGGCGCGAGACUUUUUGGCGCAAGAGCUGCUGGUGCAGGACAAGUUGCUGCUGCACUAGCUGCUGCUAGACAAGCUGGUGCAGGAGUUACUGGUGUAGGACUUGCUGAUACGGGACUUGCUGGCGCAAGAGUUGCUGGUGCAGAACAAGUUGCCGCUGCACAAGCUGCCGCUAGACAAGCUGCCGUUAGACAAGCUGGUGCAGGAGUUGCUGGUGCUGGACUUGCUGGUGUUGGACUAGUUGGCGCAGGACUUUCCGGUGCAGGAGUUGCUGAUGCUGGACUCGCUGGUGCCGGAUUCGCUAGCACGGGACUUACUAGUGCAGGCGUUGCCGGUGCAAGACAAGUUGCUGCUACACAAGCUGUCGCUAGACAAGCUACAGCUGGACAGGCUGGUGCGGGAGUUGCUGGUGCUGGACUAGCUGGCACAGGACUUUCCGGUGCAGGAGUUGCUCGUGCUGCAUUAGCUGGCGUAGGACUUUUCGGUGCAGGAGGUGCUGGACUCGCUGGUGCCGGAAUCGCUGGCACGAGACUUACUAGUGCAGGAGUUGCUGGUGCAGGACAAGUUGCUGCUGCACAAGCUGCCGCUAGACAAGCUGGUGCAAGAGUUGCUGGUGCUGGACUCGCUGGCACAGGACUUUCCGGUGCAGGAGUUGCUGAUGCUGGACUCGCUGGUGCCGGAUUCGCUGGCAGGGGACUUACUAGUGCAGGCGUUGCCGGUGCAAGACAAGUUGCUGCUGCACAAGCUGCCGCUAGACAAACUAUCGCUGGACAGGCUAGUGCGGGAGUUGCUGGCGUAGGACUUACUGGUGCCGGACUCGCUAGCGCGGGAUUUGGUAGCGCGAGACUUGCUGGCGCAAGAGUUGCUGGUGCAGGACAAGUUGCUGCUGUACAAGCUGCUGCUAGACAAGUUAGUGCAGGAGUUGCUAAGGCAGGACAUGCUGGUGCCGGACUUGCUAACGCAGGACUUGCUGGUACAAGAGUUACUGGUGCUGGACUCGCUGGUGUUGGACUAGCUGGCGCAGGACUUUCCGGUGCAAGAAGUGCUGGACUCGCUGGUGCCGGAAUCACUGGCACGAGACUUACUAGUGCAGGAGUUGCUGGUGCAGGACAAGUUGCUGCUACACAAGCUGCCGCCAGACAAGCUGGUGCAGGACUUGCUGGCACAGAACUUGCUGGCACAGGACUUGCUGGUGCAGGAGUUGCUGCUGCAGGACAAGUUGCUGCUGCACAAGCUGCCGCUAGACAAGCUGGUGCAAGAGUUGCUGGUGCUGAACUCGCUGGCACAGGACUUGCUGGUGCAGGAGUUGCUGGUGCUAAACAGGUUGCUGCUGCACAAGCUGCCACUAGACAGAUUGCUGCUGCUAGACAAGCUGGUUUUGGACAGGCUGCCUAUGGGCAAGCUGCCUUUAGACAAACUGCCGCAGGACAAAGCUUUAUGGAAAUAACUGGCGCUGGUCGGACUACUGCUGCUCAAGUUGCUGCUAGACAGGCUGCUGCUAGGCAAGCUGCCUAUGGACAAACUGUCGUUGAACAAGCUGUCUAUGAACAGAUUUUUUUUGGACAAACUGCCACAGGACAGAUCUUUAUGAGAAUAGUUGGCGCUGGUCAGGCGCCAGCUCAAGCUACCACUAGAUGGGCUGCUGUUAGACAAGUUGCCUAUGGACAGGCUGCCUUUGGACAAACUGCCGCAGGGCAGUGCUUUAUAGGAGUAGCUGGCGCUGGUCAGGCUGCUGCUGCUCAACCUGCCGCCAAACAAGCUGUCGCUGGACCAGCUGCCUUUGGACAGGCUUUCGAGAGACAGGUUUUCGUAGGACAGGCUUUCACCGGACAGGCUCAUUUUGUAAGACUGGUUGGAGUUCAAAGAGUUGGUGCAUUUAGGAUAGCCUUCUAA